CUCAACCCCCAACCAAAACCCCGACCGCGAGGAGAGAACGGAAGGGCAGCGAAAACCUAGUCCGAUCUCAUUCCUCCAGAUCCCGUCGUCCUCCCGUGAUCCACCAUAAUUCAGGUUCUAUCCUUACUGUCGAUCGAUAGGUGCCUCUAUCCAUGCCGGACCUUCAGGCCCUCGUCACCGAUUUCGUCCUCAAGCUGAAGAGGCGGAAAAUCGAGGGGUCGCAAGCUACCGCAAAGCAGACAGCCGAACUGCUGCGGCAGGUGGUCUCACAGCAGCGAAUGCCGUACACGAAUCAGGCCUCGGUUCUCAUCGAUGCUGUUAGGGCUGUUGGCGAGCAGUUGAUUGCCGCAAACCCCAUAGAGCUUGCUGUUGGAAACAUUGUAAGGCGUGUUUUGCAUAUCAUCAGAGAAGAAAAUCUUUCCUCAACUACAGCAGCAAUGGAAGGAUUGGGCUUAACUGCUGGUAGUGAUGAUGAUGAGGGUGAACAUGAAGAUCGCCCAGGAUUAUCAGCUGCAGCUGUUGCUGCUGCUGCUAGAAGUACCCUUCGCGCCCCCUCUUUGCAAACUCUUCUUGAAGACAUUCCUGAGUCUGCUGUGGCUCCUCAUCCUUCCUCUUCAGGAGGAGAUUCUGAAGGAAAAAGCAAAUCUGCCGAUAGGGGCUCGAGGAGCAAGAAGUUGAAGCAUGAUGUAAUUGAGGCUAUCAAUGAACUGAUUCAAGAUAUUGAUACCUGCCACGAGCUAAUCUCGGAACAAGCUGUGGAGCAUAUUCAUCAAAAUGAGGUAAUACUUACUCUAGGCCGUUCAAGAACAGUCAAGGAAUUCCUUUGUGCAGCAAAAGAGAAGAAGAGAACUUUUCGGGUAUUUGUUGCAGAGGGUGCUCCAAGGUAUCAGGGGCAUGUUCUUGCAAAAGAGCUGGUUGGAAAGGGAAUACAGACGACUGUUAUAACGGAUUCUGCUGUUUUUGCAAUGAUUUCACGAGUGAAUAUGGUGAUUGUUGGAGCUCACGCAAUCAUGGCAAAUGGUGGAGUGAUUGCACCUGUUGGCAUAAAUAUGGUUGCACUCGCUGCUCAAAGGCAUGCUGUUCCAUUUGUUGUUGUUGCUGGUAGUCACAAGCUAUGUCCGUUGUAUCCACAUAAUCCUGAGGUUCUGCUGAAUGAAUUUAGAUGCCCAUCUGAUUUGCUGGAUUUUGGAGAGUUUUCAGAUUGUAUGGAUUAUGGUAGUUUGGGUGGCUCUCCCCUUCUUCAUGUUGUGAAUCCUGCAUUUGACUAUGUUCAGCCAAAACUGGUUAGCCUUUUCAUCACUGACACGGGAGGACAUAACCCGUCCUAUGUGUACCGGCUUAUUGCAGAUUAUUACUCUGCUGAUGAUCUUGUGGUACAACGAAAUUCAACUUAGUGAAGGUUUAUUUUAAACAUAUGUUUUAUGAGAUUCUGGUUUGGAUAAAUUUUCCGGCAUAUGUUGAUUUUUUCGAGUGGAUGAACUUUUCUUGUGAUGAUGCUA